AUGUUUCUCUGCAGCCUCGUCCUUGGUUCGAUCGUCAUUCGACAAGCGUACGCAAAUCCCAUAGUUGGCCCCCCCACCAAUCUGGACGCUGGACGUUCGGACCGCAACAUUGCCGCGAGAGAUCAUGAGCCUGAUCUGAGCACGUUGACAAGACUCUACGGUUACCUCGGGUGUAACAAGGACGACGAGAAAGCCGUCAACCGGGCCUUUGCAGACGCCAUUGAGAUUGCCGCUGCCGUAGCGCCAUCAGUCAAUGAUGUUGAUAAGAUCGACCCCAAUCUACGGCACAAUGUUGUCUGGUAG